AUGUCUACGUCUCCUCACUACACACACAACGAACAAGGCAUCCGACAAAGCCGAAUCCUCCCCCCAAUCCAACAAAUCAUCUCUCAAGAUCGGAACGAAGAAGACCUAGAAGACACGCCAUCCCCACGCACCGAACUCCUUUCAGACUCUUCCUCCCGACACGCACGUAUCUCCCACGCAAGCCAUGCCCUCGAAUCCCGACGACGCAAAAAACACCGUCAUCAUCGAAAAGACAGCGCCCUUUCCCAAUCCCACUCACACUCCCCAAGCAGCUCACAACAGCGCGAGCUCAUAAGCGUACUAAUAGACUCUGAACGCGAAGCCUCCAAACUCCGUAAAUCCCUCUCGGCCGCUGUCCAGCGACUCGAAGCCGAAGCGCGCCGCGCUGCAGAGUUGGAUAGGGAGAACAGGGAGGCAGCGGAGCGGUUUCGUCUCUUGAACGAUUCUCGUCUAACAGCACAGCAAGAAGCUUCAAAAGCUAGCCAAGAGCUCCGAUUAUACCAAUUCCAAUUAGACAAUGCGCAGAGGGAGAUAGGGAGGGCGCAGGAGACUGUGAGGAAUUAUGAGCGGCAGCGGGAUGAGGCUGAGAGGGUUGCGGCGAGGGCGAGGGCGGAGGCGAGGAGGAUGAAGAGGGAGAGGUUGGUUGCUGAUGCCAGGGAGGAGGGGAGGCGGAAUGGGUUUCAGGCGGGGAUUCAGCAGGCGCAGGAGGAGAUUAGGAUUGUGGCUCCUGGGGGACGGAUUAGGAGGGCUCCGAUGAUGGCGAGGACGGGGACGGGGACGGUUCCGAGUGGGAGUGGUGAUCAUGAUCAUGACCGGUCGUUUGCUACUGGUGAUGAUGCGGCUUAUCAGCGGCAGGCUUCGGAGUCGAGGGUGCAGCCGCGGCAAGAGGAGGUGAGGGAGGAGGAUGAUGAUGAUGAUGAUGAUGAUUUUGGGAUUGAGAUACAAGGGGCGACGCCGAAUGAUAGCUUGGCCAGCCCAAUACCGCGAUACCCCACACGGAACAUUGACGCACAACAAGCUACGCCGCCCCAUUCGCCUACUACACCACCACCACAAUCAUUCACGCCGGCUAUACAGAUAUAUUCGCUCGAGAUACCGCCGCAUGAACAGCUUGCGAGGGAGUAUAAUACCAACUCGAACCGCGAGUACAACGCCAACGCCAACACGAACGGGAGCGACCUUGUUUUUGAUGAACCGAGGUCGAGAUGGGUUAAUGCGAGGAAACAUGGGGAGAUUAAUGGGGUGGAGGUUACGCCGCCAUCGUUUGCGGAUCCGAUAAAUGGACAGCAACAGCGACCACCGCAACAACCGGUUCAGCAACCGCCACCCUCGACUUUGGGUCAACCGUCUCCAGUUGAUCAGCCGCCAACGACGAUGGGGCAACCCUCGACACAGCAGCUACCUCCAAUGAAUGGCCAACCGCCUAUGGGACAACCCCAAACAGUGAACGGACAGCAGCUACCUACAAUGAACGGUCAACCCCCCAUGGGCCAACAACCAGCCCCAGUCAUGUUUUACCAACCUCCAACUCCAACUACCGGCCCACCCUCUGCAGGCCACAAAAAAGGCGUCUCAUUCUCACUCUUCAAACGGCCCCCAAACGCAAACGCACCAUCACCCACGAAAGCGAAGAACAAGAAUACGUGGUACCGCACGUUUAGCUUUAGGAAAAAGCCUAUUAUUGAUCCUGAGCCGGAGGAGUAUGUGGAUAUACAGCAGCAGCAGGGAUCUCAGCAGCCAAGGAGAUCAAGAGAUAUGUCGGGGAGUACAGAGUCGGAGAGUAAGAUGUACAAUUUUAAGCCGCCGCCACCUCAAUCGUGGUAUGUCCCGCCUAAAAAGUCGACUUCGUCUUUGGCGCCUUCUGGACCUCCCAGUUCAGCCCCUGUGUUUGCGGGUGCUGGUCCUUCCAGCUUUCGAAACUCAGCACGUCCUGCAAAUACCCCCCGAAACCAAACCCAAAGCCAACUCCCAAACCCACCCCCCAAAACGCGGAGUCAGGCGUUUGACGCGUAUUCGUUCCCUUCUAGGUCACGCGCUGUGUCGAUGGACGAUGCGCAGUCUACGUCGACGAGGAUGUCGCAGUUUGAUUUGGUGGCUGCUCCUGGGGCUGCUGGGGAUGGGAAUAGUGUUAGGGGUGGUGGAGGGCGGAUGAGGGAACGGGAGAGGGAACGGGAUAGUUUGUUGAGUGUUAUUAAGGAGGAUCCGAUGAGUAGAGGGAAUACGCCUGUUGCUGAUCGGUUUUUGGGGAGACGGGAUAGGGCGAGUUCGGAUGCGCAGGUGAAUAUGCCUGGUGGGUUUCCAGCUGGGAGUCAAACUUCAUCGUCGAGGCGUCGUCGUCCUCCUCCUGAAAUUUACGUACCACCUCAUUCUGGAGCAGGGAAUGAUCCUUUCGUGGCUAACUGGAAUCUAUCACAAGCGACUUUUGCACCUAUACCUCCGAAUAAUGGGAAACCAUCCGCGUCGAAUAGACAGCCACCGUUAUCUAAUAAUGGAAGACGAACACCAUCGAAUGGAACAGGAACACAGCCGUCAUCGAUGCAAGCAUCAAUGAACGGAAGAUACCACCAGCCUUGGCCGGUUCAGUCCAAUUACCCUCAUGAUACAGAGGAAUACCCAGCACUGAUGACCGCCACUCCCGGAAUCAGCGUUCUCCCUCCUACCGCAGCACUUUCGGAUCCCCACCCAUUAUCGACGCCACAGACAGGGAAGAACCAUCUAACGCCGAAUUAUGUCUUCCAGCCCCCGCAAAUGCCGAGUCCGCGCAAACCACUCUCGGAGGAUCUGCCGCCGCCGCCGCCGUUGAGAUAUAAUGGUUAUGGGGGAUCGACGGAGAGUUUUUAUACUGAUAGGACGCACCCAAGGACACCGGUUAACCCUCCUUUUACUGCCCAUUCUCCGAGGCCAAGUGAAAGAGGUUUCAACUCUCCUCGAGGCUUCAACUCUCCCCGUGGUGGAGGAAGGCGUUCAGCGCAAAGUGUAACUCGACCCAUGUCUGUUGUUAACCCCUCGUCUCCGUCUCCACCUCCCUUGCCAGUUCCUUAUCAGUCUCCCAUACCCGUCCCAUACAAGUCUCCCUCGACAAAGUCAGUCAACUCACCACGGCCUUCAUCAGUGCAGAGUGGCCAUUCACACUCGCGCAUCCGGUCUGCCUCGAUGAUGCCUCCAGGUAGCCCCAAUCGUCGUCCACCCAGCAUCCGCUCUACCACCUCCCACAACAACAACAACGACCAGCGACCGACCCCAUUCACACUCCAACCAAUAGGACUCAGCGCAAGCCCGAACGGCAACGCGCUCCGUAACCUCCCUGACGCCAAUCAAAGUCAAAGUCAGAUCAGGAGAGUGCCCUCGAAUGCGUCGAUGAGGUCUAUGAACUCUUAUAACCACUUUGAGCCGCAGACGUAUUUGGAUCCUGCGUAUUUCCAGAGUGCGGUGCCAGGGGGCCCGCCUGUGCAGGUCGAUGCGGAAGAGAUGCUUAGGAGGAGGAGGCAGGAGAGGGAUGCGAGGAUUGCGAAUGGGGAGGUUAGGGCGGGUAGUGUUGCUGGGUCGAGUGUGCAUUCUAGGGCUGGGUCGACGGGGUCGAGGUAUUGA